GUCUCCAUGGUGAACGACGCUCUACUCGGCAGUGGCUCUGUCUGAUUGAAAACGGAAUAUCAAACAUUUUCUUCCUCUUUUUUUUUGUGUUUUGUUUACUUGUAUUGAUUUUUUGUCAACACUAUGGAAGACGAUCCCACUAGCAGAUCCCUGAACGAAGAAAUGAGGAUCUGCACUCCUUCUCACCCCCUGCCACUGGAGAUCCAGCAGAUGGAGCAGGACGAGACGACCUGCCAUUACUGCGGCGUGAGCUACCUGAUCAUGCACGAGUUCCAGCGGUUGAAGAAGCGCCUCAGGGAGGUGGAGAGACAGCUGGAGAGGGAACGAGGGAGUGUAGAGAGAGAGAGAGAGUGCAGAGUAGAGCUGCAGCGUACACAGGCUCAGCUGGAGGAGCUCCGAGAAACCAAUCAGGUUCACCUCAACAGACUGAAGGAUUUGACGCUGCAGGUGUCCCAGGCAUCCGGAGAGCAGGUGGACUCAAGGGUGGCGCUGGAGAGUGAGUGUGAGCGCAGUCUACAGCUCAGGUCGGUGUGUGAGCGACAGCGUGUUCUCCUGCGCGAUGCGGGACCUGUGCUGAGACUUGCUGCUGCAGAACUGCGUGGUGUGAAGCAGGAGCUCUCUCUUCUCUCAGACGACUGGAACAUUAACACGACACUGAUACUGCAGCACUGCUCUACUGCGUGGACUGAUCAUGUCGUUCUGCAGCAGGAAGUGAGCAGGGCCAAGGAGGAAGCUGCAAAACUACAACAGGACGUAAAGAAGCUUCAAGAUCGUCUGCAUACAAGCCAGCUGGAGACCCAGAUGCUGGAGAACCGCAUCCAGAAUCAGAAGGUUCUCCAAAACCAGAACCAGCAAGCAUUAAAACAGGAAGUGAAGAGCCUGCAGGAAGAGCUGCAGAAAAGUCACAGAGAGAAGGAGUGUGUGGAGAAAAUGCUGGAAAACACAAAGAAAGAGGAAGAGGAAAGUCGCCUACGGCUGCAGCAGCAGUGUGAUGAGCAGAGUGCCACCAUCCUGAGUCUGUCCCGAGACCUGGGGGGAAAGAAGGCGAGCUGGUUGUCAUGCCGACAGCGAUGCGAGUCCCUACAGCAGCAGUUGUUGACGUGGAAACAGAAGGAGGCGGAGACGAGGCAGGAACUGGAAGGAGCUUUGAGGGAGGGUCAGAGGAUAAAAGACGAAAGGGAGGCGCUGAAACGCACUCAGAGCGAAGAGAUGCAGCAGAUGGAGGACGCGUUCAGGGCAAAACUGCAGCUUGCUGACGAACAGAAGUCAAAGCUUGCCGCCUUGGUGCAGUCCGCCACUCAGGAGCUGCAGGAGGAGGUGUCCGCUCUGGAAGCUCUCCUGCGAGAGCAUGAAGAGGAUCUGAGGACCAUGCGAGAGAAGGCCUCAGGGCGAGAGGAGCAACUCCUGCGAGAGCGUGAGGAGGAUCUGAGGGCCGUGCGAGAGGAGGCCUCAGGGCGAGAGGAGCAACUCCUGCGAGAGCAUGAGGAGGAUCUGAGGACCAUGCGAGAGGAGGCUUUAGGGCGAGAGGAGCAACUCCUGCAAGAGCAUAAGAAGGAUCUGAGGGCCGUGCGAGAGGAGGCUUCAGGGCGAGAGGAGCAAUUCCAGCAAGAGCGUCAAGCUGAGGUUGGCCAGCUGCAGCACCAACUGCAGGAACUUCAGCAGGAAGUGGAGGAGCUACAGCGAGCACACAGAGAUGUUCAACAGCUCAGAAAAGAGAACUGCGAUCUACAUGUCGAGGUGCGUCUGCUGCAGGAGACAGUGCGACGCGAGUGUGAGGAGCGAGCCGAGCUGACGGCCGCCCUGUCCCUGACGAGAGAGCAGCUGCUGGGUGUCAGACAGACGGCGCCGAACUCCUCCGUCCCCCGCAGCCCUGCGUCUUCCUCCCUGCCCAGUCUGAGCGUGGGACACAGCCGGGACUCCAACCCUGGGGGCAAUAACACGGCAUCAUGGCACGGAAACCCCCGCCAACCGCUACCCCCUCUGCCCCGACUCACCACCCAGAGACCCGUCCCCCCGUCCCCCCAGACACAGCGGAGGAAGGACAAAUGCUGAGGGGAUCUUACAGGUGUGUUUGGGAAGCUUGAUGGUAUACGUAAUAUCUCCCUAUUAAUUUUGGAGCUACACUACUUGGUCAGCUCAAAAGUACCGGGACACCCCCUGGUGGCUGAAUGAGCAGCAAUCCCCACAAAAUGUAGUGGAACAUCUUCUCAGAAGAACAGAGGUUAUUAUAAGAGCAAACGGAGACUUAAUGUGGAAUGGGAUGUUCGCAAAGAAGCACAUACCAAUCUUAUGGUCAGGUGUCCACAAACUUUUGGCCAAAUUGUAUUGAUUUCACACAUCUUCACUUUAUGUAUAUAUAUAUAUAUAUAUAUACAGUACACAGUAUAUAUAUUGGUGGUGUAGUUAUUGUGUAGCAAUGGAAUUUCAUUUGUGGUUUGAGCUCCAAAAAAAUAUAUAUUUUUAAUGAAUUGUAUAAUGAUUUUUUUUAUUGUAAAUAAAAUAUGUGUGAGAAAUAAAUGGCAUAACUGUAACUUCAAAUUUCUAGAACGAGUUUGCGGUAAUCUCAGAUAUUAACAGCUAACGAUGAGGUUUCCGUGUUUUUGCUCCAUAAAAAAGGAAGUGUAAGUAAAACAAAGUUUCGCUUCUCACACAUGGUUUUGCAGCAGAAACAGAAUCAGUAUCGAGGAAUUCAAAUGGCUGGAUUUAAAAUGCAAGGCAGAAAUACCACAGCAGAAACCAGUGCCCUAGAACAUGGGAAAACAUGUGGAAAGUGUGGAAACAUCGUCUUUUUUGGUGUUUAAGAUAAAUGUGUAUUUUCCGCUUGUUUCUAUACAAUAGACUCGGACAUCAAACUGUCACCUCAGGCAAAAAAACUUAGCUUUUGGAUGAAGUCCAUGUAGCUCUGUCCUGUCCUUUAUAGGUUUUUAAGAAAAGGCUCUGUCCUGUCUUUAAGAAAAUGACUGGCUUGAUUGAUUACCAGUGUUACUGUGGAGAUUUUAUUAUGAUUUUUAAUGUAUUUAUUCUGCCUCCAAAUGCUACAUUCGUUUAUUUUUAAUUUUUUUUAAACGAUCGCUUAUUAAAAGAGCAUUAUUACUACAAUAAUGAAAAAAAUUCAUGUUCAUUGUUAUUGAAAUCAAACAUUGUGGUGGGUGAAUCUAGCAAAUAAUAAGGCUACGUCAAUAACUAGAGGUCAACCGAUAGUGGAUUUAACCGAUACCGAUAUCUGUUUUAUCGCAUUCGCUGAUAACCGAUAAAUCAACCGAUUAAAACGGAUACCGGAUAACAAAACACUCCAUUUUAAAUAGUACUGAACUUCAUCGCAAACAACAGAACUGAAUCAUGAAAAUGUGCUAAAGGAAAUACAUAUGAAUAUAUUCAUAAAUAAAAUGUAUUAUUUAAUGAAUACAUUAUAAAUAAAAAUAUAUAAUAUAGCGCUCUCCGUGCAGCGCGAAGUCUCACAUGUAAAUGCAAACAGGACGUGGUGUCAGUGAUUCACCUCUAGAGGCCGCUCUCGUAAUGACAGCGGACUGGGAAAACUAUUGGUAUGGAUUUUUCUAGGUCGGUGCCUCGACCUCUAUUAAUAACUAGGCACAUUUUAUUUUGAAAGCCAACCUUUAUUAUUAAAAACAGAUUUGAGUAAAAUAUAUAUUUAAAAUUACAUUUACAUAGUUAAGAGGGCCGUUUCAAAUGUGUAGUUUGGGGACCACAGUAAUAUAAAGAACUCAUUAUCUACGUAUAGGUUAAUUGGUGGAAGGAAUCCAGAACCAACAUGGCUACCAUUUCAUACUUUACCAUACACCAUGCAGUUCCGUCUGGACUGCAGAUCAUCAGAACCGAUUUAGAGAGCGAAGAUGUCUGGAGUGAUAUCUAUCAUGGAACGACCUGCCCAGUCACCACACCUGAAUCCUACUGAACUGCUCUGGGAUGAACAAGAAAGAAAUCUCCAACUAGUGAAGAACAUCUCUGGCAAGUUUUCAAUGAGGCAACUGUCCGGGUUGCUGAGAGUGUGUGAAGUUGUUCUUCAUGCUGAGGGAGUAUAUAUUUAAAUGGAUAUAAGGUAUAAACCUUUAAAGAUUUGCUUGGAAGGAUAAUCUUUUUUAGUGUAACAUGACCGAGUUUGUUACAUAGGAACAAAAGGAACAUCCACGUGUGUCUGAAAAAACAUAAACAAUAGUAGUUUUCACACUUUCGACACGCACUGUGAUGUACCCCUGUGGAACAGGAAGUCAUGGUUGAACUAUUUCCUGUUCCGAGUCAACCAGGUGUACCAAUAAAUGUAUUAUAUCAAUAAAAACAGACUUCAAAUUAGUUUAUAGUUUACUCAUAUGACUUCAUUGGGGUGGCAAUACUUAUAGCACACAUAGGGUUAACAUUUUCUUAUGACAUUUUUUACAUUUACAUUGUUUGAUGUUUAUUAAGGCAGUAUUUUUGUUUAUAUUGUUUUAAAGAAAGAGACAAAACUUUAAACAAUAAAGAACAUUUUUACAGCUUUCAUUGCUCCUAUUUUAACAGGGGUGCCAAUAUUUAAGUCCACAGCAGUACUUAUACUGAUGCUGGGUACAGACUCUUUCUCAGACAGCUGACGGC